ACUUAUUGUACAUUUGGAGGAUGAAAUGUUAAUUUCUCUAAAACAUUUAAAACUUAUUGCAAGUAUGUUGGAUUUUAGAAACAAAGAAAAUACCAAUGUAGGACAAACAUACGCGCGAAAUCAUGGACGAUGAGGCAGACACACAAGCCUUGCUGAAUGAAACUGAAAGCAGUAGUUCUACCAGUGAAAAUGUAUCAACGAAACAAUGCUCGCCUUGUGAUCCUAGGACAGCACUUCAUCGAUACAUAUUUCUUGUAUUUAUAUGUAUUACUGGGGUAGGGGAUUAUUUCUGCGUGGAUACUCCAGCUGCGCUUCAAAAUCAUUUUCUGAAGGAUCUGAAUAUAUCAGAGACAAAAUUCAUGACAUUUUAUUCAAACAUACAAUGGGCCAGUAUAGUAUCGUGUAUAUUUGGUGUCUUUUUGAUCGACAAAAUAUAUGGAAACAGACUUGGCAUGAGUCUAUAAAUGUGACGGUGUAAUGUUAAUCCCAAUAAAUCAAACCAGGGGCCGUAUUCAUUAAGCAUCUUAAGUAUAAGUUUUAACUUAAGUUGAAGAUUUUACUUAAGUUUGUGGUGAUUUCAGCUUAAGUCUA